AUGACGUUCUUGGGCAUCAUAUCCCUCCUUGGAAGCAUUGUCCAUGAAGCUCAUGUGGCCACUGGACUAGAAGGUGAUGUUGCGACGGUGCCUUGGAAUGAUAGUGUUGUUUUUUACUGUGCUCUUUCGAUGUUUGUUAUUGUGCCACAAUUCAUCCUUGUGCUGGGGCUUGCUGUUCUUACGUGUGAUUAUGGCACAUCUUCGCUCCUAUGCUGGGGCUGCCUGUACGUCGGCGUUGUCCAUGUCAACCCAUCAGAUGACGAUAAGGAACAGCGUGGUCGCUGCCUCAAAUACUCCCAGAAGGCCCUCGGCUUCGCCGUCUGCACGUUUAUCGGAUACGCGGCCAACGCAUCAUCCAACACGGCCUUCAAGAUGGCGAUCGCGCCCUUCUUUCUCACCAUCUGCGCCGACCUCCUGUCGCUGAAGACGAAGGCGAAGCUGGGCAGCGCCUUGGUCUACUUCUCAUCGCUGCACCUGCUCCUCAUGACGUACCUCAUCUUCAUCGCGUUCGACAUGGACCACGCCUACGCCAUCCUCUUCCUCCCGCUCGUCGUCUUCGCCUCCCACCUCCAGCAGAAGCUAUGGCCGCCCAAGCCGCCGCCGCCACCGCCGGACGCUGCGCAGCAGAGCGCCGAUGACAGGAGCAAGGCUGCGAGCAAGGAGCUGGACAGCAUCUUCGAGCUGUCGUCUCUGAUCCUCAACUGGAGCAGCUUCGUCAGCGCGAUCAUGACCGUCGUCAGGCACUUCAUCACUGCUGCUGGGAAGGACAACGACGAGAUAGCGCCAGGGGCUGUGGUGCUCCUGUUCUUCCUCACCAUCAUUCUUGGGAUCUAUCUGAUGCUGGCCUCGACUGUGAGGAAUCCGGCACUGAAUCUCCCUACCAAGCAUCUUGAUGUCGUGCUCAUCUGCCUUCUCCUCAGCACUCUUAUCGCCACCGUCAUGACGUUUAGGUAA